UUCCUCAAGGUAUAUAGUUCGGUAAGACGUGUGCGAUUCACAUGCGUUGCGGAUCGCGUAGGUAACGAGUAACGAGCAGACACAACAAUCUCGUCAAUGGUCUUCAAAAUGAAAGGAAGUGUAUCACUACUGCUGAUUGCAGUAGCGUUAGUCUAUAAAGCGAAUGCACUGCCGUAUUCGAGUACUCUUCAGAAAGAUGGUUAUCAUUACAAGGAGGGUAAUUCAGACAAACUUAGUGAAUUAAAUCAAGAAUCUCUUCCGUUCGAAGCAACAACGAAUUUUGAUUUCAAUCAAGUCCAGCAGCAAAAUCUCAAUACAAACAUUGAUGAGGAAUCUGCCAAAUUAAGUGAUCCUGAAGAAGAAGGAUACUAUUAUGAAAAAAAAGAGUCUAGUAAUCCCUUCUUGAAUAAUCAAGAAAGUGGAUGUACCUCAACUUCUUGUGUUGCUACCGCUACAUUUGGUCUUAAAAAGGGAAACGCUAAUAUGCAUGCCAAAGAUCAACGAAACUCGAUCAGCAAUCCGGGGAAUCCCUUUUUCAACCAAGCUUCUGCAGUUGCAUCUGUUGGAAUAAAUUCCCAUUUACCGAAGACGCCAACCUUCCCAUCAGCCCAACCUACUCGACCAGUCUCUGUAAAUAUUGAGAAAAACAAUCCUUUCUUGAAGCCAGGAUCCGGAUCUGUAAUAUUGACUCCCCUGGUGGUGGAAACAGACCAGAUUUCAGAAUUCCCGGAUCAGUUCGCUAAUGAACCAGAUUCUUCAAAAUUCCCUAAUUCUCCGGACCAGUUUAGCCAACAACCAUUCGAAGCAAAUAACGGCUUUACUGUCAGCUGCAAAAAUCAAAAUAAAAUUUGUGUCUCCAAACAGCAUUGUGUCAACGGAUACACAACCCAACAGGAGUUUAACGAUCAGGAACAAGAUUGUGACUUGAACCAUCAAGUUUGUUGUCAUUUAAAAAUUCAAGAGAACGAAAUUAAAACUAGUCAACCGAUACCCAAUAAAGGUAACAAAGUAAAUUCUAAUAAAGGUGGAUUAUUUGACUUGGAUUUUCAUAAUUCACAAGGGAAGCAAUACCCAUCUGAAACAAAUGAAUACUUGCCAGCUAUUGGAGGAGAACCUUCUGAUCACAUUCCAGCCUUCUCUAAACUCCCAGAGGAACCAGAGCAUGAAGGAGAAGCCAACGACGCAUCUCCUGUACAAAUUCGUCCCACAUUCGAACCCGCUCCAGAAAUUCCUCCACAGGUUGGAUGUGCUGCUGCUUUGCUCUGCGUUGAAGAACAAUUCUGUACUAAGGACGCAGUUAUUAGUCCAGAACCUGUAGCGUUGAGCAGUGAACAAAUAUUGAGAAGAGCACCAAUGACUAGCUGCAGGAACCCUGAAACUGGCAUCACCGGAAAAUGCUGUCGAGACCCAAAUUACGUUGAUCCUUGGCCAACAGGCAACUUACCUGCCAACUACAGUGGCGGGUUUGACGAAAUGGGCUUCCCCACAUUUUUGAAUAUCGCAAAAACUAGACCAAAGGGAAACAGACCACAAGAAUCAAAGAACAAUCAACAGACGAUUCGACCCCAGCAACCAAUUCGGUCUCAACAGCCAAUUAAAACCCAACCUAUUCACCUUGUAGCUCCACUUACUCCUAAACCAGUUCAACCAAUCAAGUCAUUUGCCCCAAAUUCUAUUCCAUCUCAACAAGUAUCUCGCCAACCAAUAAAAACUCAACCAAUUCAUUCUCAAGUUCCAUUUGUCUCUGAACCAAUUCAUCUUCAACUUCCAUUUAUUCCCGAACCAAAUCGACCUCAACAAGCAGUUAAAACGCAAUCAGUUCAACAUCAAGUCCCCUUAGUUCCUCUGCCGAUUCAACCAAUCAUAGAAGAACCAAUCCAUCCUGUCCAAUCAUUCUCUUCAGAACACCUUCAUCUUCAACAACCAGUUGUAAAUCAACAACCUCUACACCCUACAAGUCACCCAAUAAUCCGUCCUCAAGCACCAAUUCAACAAGCAUCUACUCCCCAACAGACGGUACAUAUUCAACAUCCUGUCCACCAACAAACUUUGGAAAGAGAAGAGCCUCAUCAAGUUCUUGAACUUGAACCUCCAUUCCACUCUGAACAACCCACAAACAAUCAAGAUAUUAUCCACCACCCUUCUGAACCUUUCGCACCUGCACAGUCGCAAUCUCCAAUUAAAACUUAUUCUCCCGUGAAAGGCCAUCUGCCUGUCAAAUCAAACACUCCAACUAAAUCUGCAACUCCUUCCAAGACCUUCAAUUUCCCCAAUCCACCUUCAUCUCCAUCCACUACAAAUGGAUUCAUUAACAAUUUCUCAAAUCAACCAAGUGUACCAAACCUUUCCAAUCCAUUUAUUCAAAAUCAUCACUCCAAAAAUACAUUCGAAACUCAGUCCACCCAUGAGAAGCCAGUUGUUAUCAAGCCUCACACUCCAGGUCUUCAAUGUGGCUUGAAAAAUCAAAUACAACGUCCAAGCAGUUUGAGCGACGUGGACGUUGCCUUUGGCGAAAUUCCUUGGCAAGCAAUGAUCCUCUCUGGUCGAGAUCGCAAAUUACUUUGCUCCGGGGCAAUAGUAUCACCUACUGUCAUCUUAACUGCUGCUCACUGCGUCGAUGGAUUCAAAUCAUCGGAUAUUUCAAUUAAAGCUGGUGAAUGGAAAUUGGGUUACGAUCUGAAACACGAAGAACCACUUGACUUUGAAAUUGUGCAGGUUGCUACAAUUGUACCUCAUCCCGGAUAUUCUUCAGGAAAACCAAGCUACGACACUGCUCUUUUGUUCUUGGAACAUCCCAUAGCUCUUGAUCAGCACGUUGACACUAUUUGUCUUGGAGACAGACCCGCCGUCACAGCCGACAGAAAUUGCAUUGCCACUGGAUGGGGCAAAAUAGUUCUUCAAGUAAAUGUUGCUGGAGCCUUAAUGCACAGUGUGGGUGUUGAUCUUUUGAGUGAAAACGAAUGCAGACAACGGUUGGAGGGAGCAGAGGGACCAUUGGAUUUUGAUGACUCGCUUGUAUGUGGAAAAGCGCAUCACGUAAAUAACAAUAUGUGUCAAGUAGAUGUUGGUGGACCUUUGGCUUGCGAUCGUGGAGAUGGACACUAUGAACUUACUGGUGUCUACAGUCAAGACACUGGCUGCCUUCCUACCAAUCAGGUUGCAACUUUCGCACUAAUUGACACUCAGUGGGUGAAGGAGAUGAUGCAAGCUCCGCCUUUGGAAAAAGUUGAACACACGUUUUCUGAAUUACCAUCUACCAAUUAUCCAAAACCAAUAGUCCCAUUGGUACCAGGUCCAGAACCUUUCCUCACACAAACAGUUGAACCACUUAGAGAGUCUUUUACUUACAAGCCUCAAUCCUUCCAGCCAGUGAAGCAGCCAAUUCAACCAGUUCGACCCAUUUUACCCCAAGUCGGCAAACCCUUCGCCAAGUACGGUCCACCAAUUGCUCAACCCAACCAACCCCUUCGCCGUCCAGUCACUCCAGUGGCUCCAAUUGCAGCUCCAGUCCAACCAGUAGCUCCCAUUUCAGGGCCAAGUGUUCUUCCCCAGAGCGAAAUUUCCCCACCAGUUUUUGUCCAGUCGCCAUCAGGUUUUCAGCAUACCCACAAGUCAGACGAAAUUUGCGACUGCAGACAAAGCAACCUACCAUCAGCAUUAAACCAAUAUCUACCUCCCACCUUGUAAAAGGGCCGACUGAAUCCUUCACACCUACGAAAGGAUUUUCUAUCCUCAGACAAAAAGGAAAGGACUGGACAUUUACUGACACCAGUUUAUAAUCGUUCCUCGAGCUUCUCCUUUGCUAUACUAAAAUGUCAUUAAUAACAAUCUUACCAAGUCUUCGUCAAUGAUUAGAAAUACAACUAUUUACUAUCUUCAGGAAAACCAAAUCUCGACUGACCAGGUUUAAAGAAGAUCAAAAAAAUUAUAUUCGCACUUUUUAUCAAAACUCAAAAAAGUUGAAAUACUUUUUCACAUUUAAAACUUUUAAUAUUUUAAAUUUCACAUUUAAACACUCAAAACUUAGGACAAAUGUGAAGAAAACUAAUGGCACACUUUUUUGGUGAAUGGAGUAGCACAAGAAAAAUUUUCAUUUUCAUUAAUUCUUGCCAAUUAAACAUAUAUAAAACAGACAUGUAAGUGCAUUUAUAAUAUUUUCGAGUGAGAAAUUUUAAAUUUAAGAAAAGUUCAUUUAUAUAAAAGUAUUAUAAGGACAAAUAAUAUUCUAUAAAUAAACAGUUACACGGAGAAAAACGAAAGAAAUGAAUUUAGAGUCUGGAUUGCGUGUAAACGGAAGAAUCCUUCUUUCUCAGUAAGAUAUAGAUAUUGAUACUGAUGGUAAAAGUAAAACUACUGUACACUGUUACAAACAUAGACCUGCCAUAAGAAAGAUUGUACUAAAUAGAUUUUUAUUUGAUUAUUCAAAAGCAUAAUUGACUUUAACAGUGUACAAUAUAUAUUAAAUAGUUAAUCAGAAAGUACUAAAACGAACAUUUCCAGUGCCUCUUUGUACUCCAAAGUUUAUUUCAAAUAUAUAUGUAUAUAAGGUCGAAUAAUGUAUGUAAUAUGAAUACCUAUGUAAUAAGCAAAUUUAAUCUAGUUGAAGUAAAAAUAUCAUUUUAUACGAAUUAAAAUCUGUAUUAUUAUUGCUUAAAUAUAAAAAAUAAGUAACUGUGAUACAAAAUA